GUGAAAGAGUCUCUACAAGACCUUGGACAACGAACGACAUCUUGUUAGUUCGUCUCUUUCAUCAGCUGAUGUACAUACUACACAGUCAUCGUGUUAUUGAACAAUACAUUAUCACUUCAUAAUUGGACAGUAGCUGGCUGCAACGCACAUCAGAGAUUACAUAACGUGCCAAACGCUAUCGGAUGUAACACAUAUUGACAGUAAAUCAGAAUGAAGGUGUUACUAUCGGUUCUCCUCGCGAUUUUGGCAUGCGACCAAGUCGUUAAUGGUUACCGGAUUCUCGGUGUAUUCCCGCUCAAUGGAAAGAGUCAUUGGGUCAUGAUGGAAGAGCUGAUGAAAGGCUUGGCGAGACGCGGCCAUCAGGUCGAUGUAGUCACACAUUUCCCACAAAAGACGCCGAUACCAAAUAUGAGGGAAAUUAGUCUAAAAGGCAGCGUCGACGCCGUUAUAAAUAAUCUCACUGCAGUGGAUAUCCAAAGAUUUGGCGCCUUGUCUAUGGAGUCAUUAGCUGAAAUAGCCGGAAUGCGGAUAUGCAAACUGCUAGGUCAUCCGAAACUGCAAGACCUGAUCGAGAACCCGCCGCAAGAUCCCCCCUACGAUCUCGUUAUUACGGAGCUGUUCGCGGCACCAUGCUACCUGGCCUUCGGUCGUCAUCUCAACGUCCCCGUAAUCGGCAUGGUGUCGAGUGUUUUUCACGACUGGCUCAACGAAAUGGCCGGUAAUCCCAUGAGUCCUACCUUCGUCCCCAGCUUGUUCUCGACAUACGAUCAAAAUAUGAAUUUCAAGGAACGUCUAUUGAACUUCCUGCUGACAAAUUACAUCACUUGGCAAAUGCAUUAUUACACCAACUCCCAGCUAGAAUUAGUGAAGAAGCACUUCGGCAUAGAUGUGCCACACAUUAUGGACUUGUACAGUGACGUAUCCUUGUAUCUAGUCAACUCUCAUCACUCCAUAAACGGAAUCAGACCGAUGACCACUGGCGUGAUCGAGGUUGGCGGUUUACAUCUCAAAGACGAUGACGAUCCGCUAUCACCGGAAGUGCAAAAAUGGUUGGAUGAAAGCAAGGAUGGUUGUAUCUAUUUUACGUUCGGUUCUAUGGUAAGAAUCGAAACAUUCUCUAAAGAACUGUUAAAAACGUUUUACACGUCUUUCGAGAAAAUCGCACCGACCCGUGUGCUGAUAAAAAUUGCAAAAAAAGAAGAGCUCCCGCCAGGAUUACCGAAGAACGUCAUGACGCAAUCUUGGUUCCCGCAGAUCACCGUUCUCAAACACAAAAACGUACGCGGUUUUCUUACGCACGGUGGACUUAUGGGGACAUUGGAGUCGAUCUAUUGCGGAGUGCCUAUGGUCGGUAUUCCCUUAUUUGGCGAUCAACGCGUAAAUAUUCAGAAUUAUGUCAACAAGAAGGUGGCUAUUUCGCUCGAGUCGAUAGACGAUGUUACCGAGGAGAAAUUAACUUCGGCAUUAAAUAACAUUCUCAAGGAUCCCUCUUAUCGCAAAAAUAUACAGAAGCUGUCGAAGAUGUAUCUCGAUCGACCAUCAAGCGCCAUGAACACAUCUAUAUUUUGGGUGGAAUACAUCGCAAAAUACGGAAACGUGCUUAAAUCACCAGUUACUCGUCUUCAUUGGUGGCAACGGAAUUUAUUUGACAUUUACGCCUUCAUCUCUCUUGUAAUUAUCGUGGUGCUUUAUUUGGCACUGUUUAUCCUCCGAACGUUGAAGAAGCUCGUAUUUGGAUCGCGGGCUUGUGCAAAGAAAGACAACGCAGCGAUUAAAUCGAAGAAAAACAAAUAAAGAUAGGAAACUUUAAUGAACUUUACAAGUCAUUUAGUAGAUUCGCAAUUUAAGACUAUUCAUUCUUUAAAAUUAUGAAAAUACCAAUGCAAACAAAUUUUCUAAAGAAAAUGUUUUCUCAAUGUUGUAUAUAUCAAGAAAAUGUUGAUGUGUAUAUAUUGCAAAAUAUCCUUUUUAGUAAAAUACAUUUUUAAUCGAUUACACGAGUGUGAAUUUUGAUGUAACGAAUAAUUUAGCUCCUAUUAAUUAUCGUGUGAUGUAUAAUCGCAUACAUGUAUAUCGUGUGUGUCAUGUGUAUGUGUAUUUCCUAUAUGCAUCACACACAUGUAUGCGCGAUGUUAAUAAUUUAAUUUGUUUCUACCAUUCGUCAACAAUUAUUGUACAUAUUUAUAAUCACUUGUUCCAUUUAAAUAAAAUUAGAUAUAUUAAGA